CUGAGUUUUCACCACUGAUUAAAAUGAUCGAGGAGGCCUCAGACUUGUCAUCUUACAGUGAACAGAUUGUCAACUGUGGCUACACGGGGCCUAUAAAUGAGGACAACAAGCAGAAUAUAACAAGAGCGAUUGUAAUGCAUGCUGCUGCUCGGAGAACACUCAUCUUUCAGCAGCUCCGUGAAGGUUUACAGCUUUACCGUUUAAUUGACACUUUGGAAAAGAACAGGGAAGUGUGCCGCAGCCUCUUUGUUGUGCAAGGUGGUAAUGAUAAGGUGGACUCUCAUUACAUUGUAUCCCAUCUUGCUCCACAAAUGAGUGAGAGUGACACUCUAAAACAUACCAAAGAGGUCCAAAUACUGAAUCACUUCCAGGAUUUUCUUUUGGAGCUCGAAGAUGGAGAUGCUCAGGAUGAGGCAGCACUCUCUGUCCCACAGGUGAUGCAGUGGCUGACUGGUCAAGCGCAUAGGCACCUGCUUCUGUCGGAGAGAGAGGCCUUUAAAAUUACUGUUCAGUUUGACCACACUUGUAUGCAACGACUGCCAAGCCACACACUUUGCUAUCCAAUCAUCAGUGCAUGCACCCAAACCAUUACUUUUCCCACUGCACAUCUGUCAAAUAGUAAUGAAUUUAAAGAAAUAAUGAAAAUAGCAGUGCAACACGGAGGUUGCUUUUAGAGGGUGUAGAUUUUAAAAUGAACUCCAAAUGUCCACAUAGAAAUUCUCUCUCAAUAGUUUUAAUUUAAUCUUUAAAAUUCAAAGAUACAAUGUGCAACGUGUUAAUAACUUUACAUGCUUCUGAAUGGUUACAUGUUUUACAGCAUUGUAUAAAAUUAA